GGUGAGGCCGGAAAAGCAGUUGUCCUGAACAUGCCCCUCCUACUCGGGGAUUAGAGAUGCUCAGGGGAAAAGCAUAGAGAAGCCGGGACACACCUCCCUGACUCACUGCCAGGGACAGCAGCAGCUCUUACAGGUUCACUGGGCCUCUGCUCUCUGGUUAAUUAAAACCUUGCAGCUCCAUUUCCAGCAACCAUCCCCUUCUGUGGGUUAAGCAGAGAGGAGGAGGAUGGCCUAUGCUGAGGAAGACAGAAAUAGCUAUGAGGCAUACAAGGAAACAGCAGAUUGGUUACGUGCCCGUACCGCCCAGCGCCCAAAGAUCGCUAUCAUCUGUGGGUCUGGACUGGGAGGCCUGGCCGAUACGCUGGAUAACAAAACAGUCUUUAAGUAUGAGGACAUCCCUCAUUUCCCACGGAGCACAGUUGUAGGACAUGCUGGCAGAUUGGUGUUUGGGGAGCUGAAUGGACAACCCUGCGUGUGUAUGCAGGGACGUUUCCACUAUUACGAAGGAUUCUCUGUCAGCACGGUCACCUUUCCUGUCAGGGUCUUCUUUCUCCUGGGUGUGGAGAUCUUGAUUGUCACCAAUGCUGCUGGGGGACUGAACCCUCACUUCCAAGUGGGGGACCUCAUGCUCAUUAGAGAUCACAUCAGCACAUUUGGUUUGGGAGGGCAGAAUCCACUGCGUGGACCAAAUGAUGAGAGGUUUGGGGUGAGGUUUCCCUCCAUGUCAGAUGCUUAUGAACAAGAUCUGCUUGGUCUGGCGAUGGAGAGCGCACAGGAGCUGGGCUUUCUGAGCUUCAUCCGAGAAGGGGUGUACUGUCUGCUGCCCGGUCCCUGCUACGAAACCAUUGCCGAGUGCCGCAUGCUGCAGGUGCUGGGCGCGGAUGCUGUAGGCAUGAGCACUGUUCCGGAAGUAAUUGUAGCCAGGCAUUGUGGCCUCAGAGUCCUUGGGAUCUCCCUCAUCACCAACAAAGUGGUGACCAGCUAUGAUAGUCAAGAGAAAGCCAACCACGAGGAAGUCCUGCGCGUCUCGGUGGUCCGGGCCGAAGCCCUGCAGAAACUGGUCACACAGCUGCUUGGCAAGCUGGGGGAAAGCGCGAACUCCCCCUGACUUCUGGCCACUUAACAUUCAUAUCGUAAUGUGUGAAUGCUGGCAAGUGCUGGGGGAGAGCUGUGGGUGAGACUGUCUCCUUCUGCUCUCCUGAUUUGAAUAGACCUUUUGAUCUUUGUCCCUGUGUUUUUGCUGAGCAGGUGCAGAGGUUUGCUUUGAAUUUAACCAGAAUGAUCUCCCAGUUAGCAGCCAGUGACCAGAACAGCUUUCUGGCACUUAAACAGGGUCUGACCUCUGGCAGAUUCCCAAACCCACGUGUUGGCAAUGAGCCCCUCAGUACUGUGGGCUCCAGUUCGCUCUUGUUUUGUUGCGGAGUGUUUGGUGUUUCUCAGCUGUGGUGCUUGUGUCUCUGCAGCACCUUCAGUCUCCACUCCCCCACCACACUGAGCCCCUGUGCUGUGAGCCAGGUCAAGAGCUGGUCGCAGGGCCUGGUGACUGCUAAGGGUGCUUCGAUAGGACCUGAUCUCAAACUAGUAGAAGCCUACAGAAAGACUUUGAGUUUUGGAUGAGGACCUGCAUACAUAAAAUGGGUCAGACUAAAGAUGAGAGCUGUCUGGAACAAGCAAUGCUGCAGAGCAGGCAGGCUGCAAGUGACUUUACAGCUUUGAAAACCACUGCAUCCCCAUGCGUGGGGUGGUGUUUCCUUACCAUCCUCAAAGGUCUCACCAGAAAGCCCUGCUCACUUCUUGGCUCUUCAUGACCAGCUGUUCACUACAAUUCAGCAUGUCCCAAACACCCCCUCACACCUCUCCUCUGUUUCUACCCUUGAAUCACUAUCACCCUGUUUUACAGGGGGUGAAAGUGCAGCUCAGGUACAAGACAUGACUUGUGUGUGCACCGUGUGAAAGUAGCCAGGCUCUAAACAGGACCCAGGUCUAGCUCUGCCUGGCUUUGUUCAUUGUCUCUGUGUGUCUCAGACAUCAGCAGCUUGAACCGCUUGCACUGGAGACUCGUUGCCUUUUGCUGUCCCAUGACAGAGAUAUCACAGUAUGAACCAGCAUUUCAUCCCAGCUUUGCUGAAGUUGCAGCAGCGGAUGUAGGAGCACCAAUGGUUUGUGGAGUUCAGAGAUAUGAAACUACUGUGAAAAUAAUUUUGGAACAGGUAUAUUUUCCUGACUUUUGUGGUCCUCUUAUAUGAAGAAAUUGAGCCUAACAGUAAGUAAAGGACAAGCAGGAGAAGCCACCAUGCUUUCUUCUACCAGUGGUGGCCUAACAAGGAAGUGUGACUGUUCAUCAGAAUGGUGCAUUAUUCAUUGUUCCCCGAAGGUCAAGCUGAGCUGCAUAUGCAGCUGGAUGUGAAACACUGACUGUAAUUAUGAGGUAAACUUUUCCCUUCAUUUAUCUUGGAGUUCUCUAUAAAGCCCAUCACUGUCAUAGCUAGAUGUUUUCAGUUAACACAGUGCUCUGAACUGAAGACACCCAACUGGUCAUGAAGAGCUCCCAAACUGCUUUCCUAAAUUUAGCUGAUCAGUUGUUUAUCAUCCAUGUUCGCCCUCCACUGCAGCCUUCAGCCUUCUGUGACAUUUCUUCAGCUCUGGGUGCAAAAGAACAUUGUGGCCUGGCGACUUUUUUUUCCGGAUGGGUAUUUGCUUGAAGCCCUUUGUGCUGCAAUUACUGGUGCCAGCUGCUGUAUUUAUGGUGCAAAUGUUGCCACCAGGAGGAACAGAGUUGUGCUAUGCAUGUUUUCCAUGAAAUCGUAGUACUUCAGACACAGGGGAGAUCUUGGGGUGGACACCCCAUCCCUCUUCUUCUGUGCAGGGUAAUCUGUGGUCAGUCCUGACAAAUACCUGCCCAGCCUGGUGUUGGAGGCUUCUGGAGGAGGAGGAUUUGUUGCUUGCACUCUAAUGGCCAAGCCAAGCAGUUCCUGGUGCUUGGAGGAGCCCUGUGAGACAGCAGGCCUUUCCAUUUGAUGGCUCUGACUGUUGGGAUGGUUUCAGGGACCAGCUCUGGUGGUAACAUGCACAGGCAGAGAGACUCCAUCUCCUCCUUUCACAAGGCUGCUGCUUUUUCAGGUCCAGCAGGAGUGAAGUGCUUGUCAGCAGUGGCAGCAGAAGCAGUGAAAUGGGAAGUGGCAGAUGUGCAGAGCAAGAAGGAACCACUUCUACCUGUUCCCUUUUCAGAUUUGUCCCAGUAUGGGCUUGUUACAGGGCGGAGAGAGAGCAGAUAAUUUCCCCUGCCUAGAAAAUGGUGCUUAACAUUCAUCUAAUUAAUAGCUGGUAAAUACUAAGUCUCAAGUGUGAGUAAAGACAGCUGUGCAGCUAGAUGUAACUACAGAGCUGCCAGAGGAGCUGAAGCUGGGGUUGCAGUGGACUUAAUCAAAGUCUGGCUGGGCUGCAGCAUGGAUGGAAGCAUCCCAGAAACCCCUGGUUGGGUUGGUACUUCUCAAACCAGGCUGGGGAUGAUGAGGAUGAUCUUGGCACCUGCUUUCAGCAGGUGGGUCUGCUCCUCUCUCCAGUUGUACCAAAGGUGGAGCAUGAAAACCAGGCUGUGCACUUGUAUCUGAAUACACCUUAAAUACAACUUAAAAUUUAAUCUGUAUAUCACCAUGCAACUCAGUCUUUGGGAAAUCAUGUUUGUUUCUGAAGGAACAUUUUCUAAGUAGCAUUUGAGCCCUGUAACAUCCCAGUUUUUGGCCCUGUAAAUGAUAAGGAAGAUGCCCUGAUGACCUUGGAAGGGAUCUUGUUCAUGCUUUGGGGGAAAGAGGGGAAAUACAGUUAAUGAGUGGGUUCAUCUGGUUUUGGAGAGUCUUUUAUUGUUAUUAUUUUCACUUUACUGCUGAUGAGUUUCAAAAAGCUGAAUUACAGUAGUGCAAGUGGGGGAAGAUAUGUAGGGAAGAAACUGGGAGGGAAUAAAACCUGCUGUCGUCCUGGAAAAAAGGUGCUUUUGUCUGCUCAGCCACCACCAUGGGUUAGAGAGGAAGGAGUCAUGUAGCUGUACCCCUGCAUCCAACUCUGGGCUGGAGAACAGCCCUGGGGACCAGAGCAGCAGAGCUCAAAGCUCAGGAUAAUCAGGAUCAGAAUUUGUCCAGGACUUUGCACAGGUAUUUCUCACUGAUCCUGCUGCACUGGGGAACUCUCAGAUGAAGAAACAGCAAGAAUGAAAGGACUUCAGCUAACUUCUGAGCAGCUGAAAGCUGUGAUGGGCUGUGGGGGUAUUGGAAUGGCAAGUCCUCUGCACCAGAGGCAGGAUGUGGUGUCUUUGAUGCUGCUCACAGGACAUUCUGUGGGACAUGACACUGUCACUCAAUCCUGUGCCUUUUAUUUUGUGCUCUUGGUGCCUUCUGGCAGUGUGCAUGGCAAACUUACCAGGCCAUGGACUUCUGCUGCUUCCAGUCCUCUGGGGAAGAUGGAGGUGUUGUAUCAAUGCCCUCAUGUGUGAUUCACAUGAAAGCCUGAUGUUAAGAGGGCAAACCGCUGAUGAAACCCUUGGCUGGACCAUACUCUAAGUUUUUAAGCUGUUAUCUGAGAAACAAUCCUGCAACCAAGCCCCAGGCAAAUCUCAUUGUCGGUUCUAUCCCAUUUGCGUUACAAGGCUUGGUUUCCCAGACUCUCCUUUUACAUGAGAUUUGCCGUUUGCACUCUUUUCUACAUAAAAGUAAAUGGAAAAACCUUUUUUUU